AGGAGGAGGAGGAGAAGAAGAGAAAGAGGCAGCCGGGAAAAGGGCGGUCACCGAGAGCUGAGAAGAAGGAGACGGGAGGGGAGGCUGGAAAAAAAAAAAAGGCAACUUGAAGACGGAAAGUUGGUGCGAACUGGCGCAGUCGGCAGAAAAGCGCGAGUCGAUCGCGGGCAGCGGCGGCAUAAAAGUGUGAGCGGCGCCGGCGGGCGCGAGAGGCGGCGGCGGCGGCUCUGCCCUCCGGGUGGCGGCGCCGGCGGCAGCCACAGGUGCCAAGGGGCUCGCCCGCGGCGAGGGGGGGCGCCCCGCGCACCCUCCCCCCAGCUCCACCCCUGCCCCCAUCCCGGCUCGGGACUUGGGCUCAAGUCACUUGGCGUCCGCCGAGCUCCCUCCGGCCGCAGCCGCCCCAGGAGCGGGAGCCGGGCAGGAGCGGCCGGUGCGCGCGCGCCCAGGGGCACUCGGGGUUCGCCCGGGUGCGGGGCGCGGGGGGGUCGGCGCCUUUGCUUUUUUUUUUUUUCGGCUCUGAAGAGGUCCCCGCCCAACCUUCAAAAUUUUGUCCAAAAGCAGACAAGAGGAUCGGCCCGCGCUGAGCCGGCUGGUGGGCAGCAGGAGGCGCCUGAUCGCCGCCGGGGCGCUGGGGGUGGUGAUGGUGCUGCUGCUGGUCAUCCUCAUCCCGGUGCUGGUGAGCUCGGCCGGCACGUCGGCGCACUACGAGAUGCUGGGCACCUGCCGCAUGGUCUGCGACCCCUACGGGGGCACCAAGGCGCCCAGCACGGCCGCCACGCCCGAUCGCGGCCUCAUGCAGUCGCUGCCCACCUUCAUCCAGGGCCCCAAAGGCGAGGCGGGCCGGCCGGGCAAGGCGGGCCCGCGCGGACCCCCCGGGGAGCCGGGCCCGCCGGGCCCCGUGGGCCCCCCGGGUGACAAGGGCGAGCCGGGCCGCCAAGGCCUGCCGGGCCCGCCUGGAGCGCCCGGCCUGAGCGCGGCCGGGGCCAUCAGCGCCGCCACCUACAGCACGGUGCCCAAGAUCGCCUUCUACGCCGGCCUCAAGCGGCAGCACGAAGGCUAUGAGGUGCUCAAGUUCGACGACGUGGUCACCAACCUGGGCAACCACUACGACCCCACCACGGGCAAGUUCACCUGCUCCAUCCCGGGCAUCUACUUCUUCACCUACCACGUCCUGAUGCGCGGCGGCGACGGCACGAGCAUGUGGGCCGAUUUGUGCAAGAACAACCAGGUUCGAGCCAGUGCCAUCGCCCAGGAUGCCGAUCAGAAUUAUGAUUAUGCCAGCAACAGUGUGGUUCUUCAUCUGGAGCCAGGAGAUGAAAUUUACAUCAAGUUAGAUGGCGGGAAGGCCCACGGGGGAAACAACAACAAAUACAGCACGUUUUCUGGAUUUAUUAUCUAUGCUGACUGAUGGUGCAGAAAUGAAGCAUUUGGACUCUGGAUUCGUGUGGCUCACCUCCGUGAAUCAAGGAUUCCCCCGGGGGGGUGCCAACCCCGGGGCCACGUCACUUGUGUUGUAUAUGUGGGGAAAUCAAAUGCUACCUGACUCACAUCUGUAUACUCAGACACAUUAUGUAAAAAUAAUCUAUUUAAAGCAAAAUAAGCAGAUGUGUGAUCCUCUACCGCCAAAGCAAAUCCUCCUUAAUCGUUAGUGUCCAUGUGAAUGAAGUCCUAUAUAGAUCACAAAUUUUUAUAGAAAAAUCUAAGACACUGAAUUAUUUCUUCAAUAUAUAUGAUACUUUGGUGUACUGUGAUCUUGCUGCUCUUACCCAUAUGUCAGCUUCGGUUCUUGUGAGUUUACCUGCUUAUUCUGAUCCUUGGAGUCCGCUCAUAGCGUGGGAAAGGAUGGUUGCACCCGCAAGAGAAGGUCUAAUUGAUAUAAAUGCUGCUUGUGCCCAAAGAAAUUGUUUGCCUUGUACUCUUGUUACCUUUAGCGCUGGACCUGGGAAUGAUUCAACUUCAAGCCUUAACCUGGAAUUUUCUAGAUUUGAGGGAAUUCCCAAGCCUAUGAUCAUUUUCACCUUUACUUUUUCUUCUGGAUUUUCUUUUCUCUCUUUCCUGGUGAUAGUCUUUCCAGAUAGGAACUGCAAUUGUAGCAUAGGAUUACCGGCUAAGUGUACCAUUGUGUAGCUAUGUAUGGUAUUUAGAAAAUUCCCCCUAUGUGUCCAUUUUGUCAAUAGAAUACGUGAAGAUUUCCUUGGAAAGACAAGAGAAAUUUAUUCUUUGGUUUUAAAUCAGACUGAGGCUUUUUGCCUUCUUUGGAACAAAAGAUUAUUCAUAACCCAAUGCACAAAGGUUUAAUUUGAGCUACUGCUUGUGUCACCAAGGGGACACUGAGUUAGGCCUUCAAGUAGUCUCUCCAAGUCUUGGCCUGAGGUUAUUUCAAAAUGAAUAAUUUCACAUAUAACCAAUAUGACAAAAAGUAUAGAUUUUCUAUGAAUAUCACCUAAUAGACACGUAGUGUAUGUGCGUUAGAUGAACUAGAAUACAUGUGACCAAUAUACGUAGUGGCUCCAGAUCCUGGGUACAGUGGUUUCAUAGCCACAAAAUAUUAAUUUACAAAGAGCGACUGUGGAGGCACACCCACAAGCACACACAUAAAUAAUUUGAUUUUUUUUAAUUGAAAUCUCUUUGAGAUGGCUUAAGUAUUGACAGGUUCAUAAAAUAACAAGUGAUUUUUUCUUUAGAAUGGUUAAGAAAAGGACAUUUUGUUUGAUGAAACUGCCCUCUCCAUUCUGUCUGUAAGUUAGGUGUGUGGUUUCUCCAUUACCAUCUGCCAAUCAAUACUUUAGCUGCAAUAUGUGUCCGACUGUUCAUAUCAGGACCACAGAUGCAAGGUCGCUCCCGUUUGCAGGGUUUAUGAAUUUGACGCAUUUCAAUUAGCAACUUUUUCUUUGUUUCUCAGGUGAAUUGAAGCUGACAGGAAAGGAGAUUUUUGAGAGUAGUGCAAAUCCUUUCUCUUUGGUUAAAAUCCACUGCCAAAAGCCAUCUCUUUAAUCUAAGAAAAAGAUUAAAAAUGCAUGUUGAUCUAACUAUCAGACAAUGCUCCCCCUAUUACAAUGACAAAUCUGUUCCUCUCUCAUUGCCUUUGAAGUCUCUUUGACAAGUUGAUUUCAAAAAACAGAUUUAGAAAUCUGCUUGUUUUACUAGUGAAGGACAUUUGCAUUUUUUUCAUUUAAAGGAAUUAGUUUGUUCUCCUGGCUCAUUUUCUCUUGGGUACUUUCUGUUCUAAUACACAGAAAGCUCUAUCAUCUUUGAGUCUCAGAAAUUUCUUUUAUUUAGCAACCCUCGACUUUCAAAAAGAGUGAGGCAUGGUGCUCCCAGCCGAAGAUGCUGUUGGCUUUGUUGAAAUGCCUGGGUCUGACUAACUGUCAUGAUUUACAUGAUGAAAAACAUUUAGUCCAUUCACCACGAACAAUGACUAAUUCGUUCUGGCCUUUCUCUUAUGUAAGAUAAGUCAUAAAGGAGUUGUGAUCAUUUUUAUUUUGUUCAACUGUGUAUCUAUAUAAAACAAAUUGACUGCAAGGAUUUGGAGAUUAUUUUAUUUAUUUUUAGGUAACACAUAGUACAGUGAGGAUUCAACCAAAACUUUAAUUUAUAAACAACAGUACACAUCAACUAAGAGUUUU